AUGGUGGUCACUGACGAAGCUGCGGCGGGUAGGAGAAAGAAGAAGACUAGACCGGCACCGGAGGCCCGGACCGAGUUCCGCGGCGUGUGCCGACAACCAAGCGGCAGGUACAGGGGGCAGAUCAAACGCUCGGGCACCACGCUGCAUCUCGGCAUCUUCGACACCGCCCACGAGGCCGCCAGAGGCUACGACGCCGCCGCCGCCCAGCUUCACGGCGCCAAGGCCAUCACUAACUUCAAGCGGCGGCAAUCGCCUGCACCCACGGCAGCCGCUGCUCACAAUGACGGCGAGGCCAUGGACUUCAGCGGCUUCCCGGAGGUGCCGGUGGAGCUCCGACUCCUCCCGUACGGCAUCCUGCAGCUGCCGUGA